AUGUCCUCUUCGACCAAUAUCAUGCACCCCAGCAUCGCAUCCUUGAUAUGUAGACAUGAAGAUAGGUUGGCGUGUGCCCAUUACCUGACAGCCAGGUAUCAUCAAAACCCGACACGUCAGGCACCUUUUAAUUCUGCUCAGUUAAAUUGGCUUAGAGAACGCAUACCGACUUACAUGAUAUACCAUCCGAAGUCUGACAAAACCCGUCACUUCAUCCGAUCAACCGUGAUCAAGUUCGAUAUCCUAUGGCCGUUUCGACAAAAGUUGUGGCCGGGAUCCACGGCUGAAACUCCAUUCACCGAUGAUAUGCAUGCAAGGUUGUUGGCGCUAUCAUGGAUCGUUCAAACAAAUAUCGCCAGCCACAUGUUGUGGAAGACACACUAUCAGCUCCGUCGUGAGAAGAACCAAACAGGAAUGAAGCCUGCCAAAUGGUUCUGGUAUUGGGGCGUUGGACAAACGUGA